AUGUUGAGAUCCCUUCUCGUGGCCUCUUGCGCCAUCCGUGCUGUUCAUGGUUGGGGUGUUUUAGGCCAUGCCACUGUUGCCUACAUUGCUCAACACUUUGUCGACGACGACGUUGCUUCAUGGGCCCAGGGUCUUCUAGGAGAUACUUCAGACUCAUACCUUGCCAACAUUGCCUCGUGGGCUGAUACCUAUCGCACAACUACAGCUGGAAAAUGGUCGGCCCCUCUACACUUUAUUGAUGCAGAGGACAGUCCGCCAACAAACUGCAACGUGGACUAUGAUCGUGACUGCGGCAGCUCUGGAUGCUCCAUCUCCGCAGUUGCCAACUACACCCAACGUGUUGGAGAUGGCCGUCUAUCAACUGCUAACCAAGCUGAGGCUCUCAAGUUCCUUGUCCACUUUCUGGGUGACAUUACCCAACCACUACACGACGAGGCUUACGAGGUCGGCGGAAAUGAUAUCAAGGUUACCUUCAAUGGGUAUUCAAGCGAUAACCUGCAUUCAGACUGGGACACUUAUAUGCCCGAAAAGUUGAUUGGUGGCCACGCCUUGACCGACGCGCAAUCGUGGGCAAACACACUUAUCAGUGAUAUCACUUCGGGAUCAUACAAAUCCAAAGCCGUUUCUUGGAUUGCAGACAGCGAUGUGACUGAUCCUAUCGCAUCAGCUACGGCCUGGGCAUCAGAUGCCAAUGCUUAUGUCUGCACUGUUGUCAUGCCCAAUGGAGCUGCAGCCUUGCAGACGGGCGAUCUCUACCCGACAUACUACAACUCUGUGAUCCCAACCAUCGAACUGCAGAUUGCCAAAGGUGGUUACCGCUUGGCGCAUUGGCUGAACAGCAUCUACUCUGCCAAGGUUGCAACUCGUUCUGUCCCCAAGCUCAAUGUACGAAAGCCACUGCCGGACUUGAUGGGACGAGAUCUACUUCCCGGUGUGCGACCUUUGAGCCGCGCUAAGCUCGCGAGAGAGGCGAUGGGAGGGAGCUGCUGCAAUUCAGGUCAUUCUCACUAG